AUGGAUCGCAUGAUUUAUGUGGUGGGCAACGAGCAAGAUUAUCACUUCAAAGUAUUGAAGUUGACGCUCCAGAAGUUAGGCUAUCAGUGGGCCGAUGGUAUUUAUCACUUGUCGUACGGCAUGGUGGAAUCGCCAACCGGACGAUUCAAAUCGCGUGAAGGCAAAACAGCCGAUGCCGAUGAUUUGAUUGCAGAGGUGUUGCGCAUUGCAGAAGAGCGUACCAAAGAGCAAGGCAAGAUUGACGAUUUCACCAACGAUGAAGCGAAGGCUUUGUACAAAACUAUUGGUCUAGGCGCAUUGAAGUUUUUCUUGUUGCGUGUGAAUCCGUACAAGAAAAUUAUUUUCAAUCCGGAAGAGUCGAUUGACUUCCACGGACAAACAGGUCCUUUCGUGCAAUACACUUACGCCCGAAUUUGUUCCAUCAUUCGUAAGGCAGCUAUAACGCCUGAUACGUUGAAUGUGCAAACCAAUUUGCAAGGCGUGGAGCGACAAAUUAUUCAGCAGUUGUGCGAAUACGAAAAUGUAAUUGCCGAUGCGUCUAAUAAGUACGAUCCAUCGGAGAUUGCGAACUACGCCUACAACUUAGCGAAGCUCUACAAUAAGUUUUACGGAGAGUUGAAAAUUCUAUCUGCCGAUACCGAUGCAGAAAAGCAUUUGCGAUUAACCAUUUCGCAGGCAACAGCCAAUACCAUCAAACACGCCAUGAAGUUGUUGGGUAUUGAUGUGCCGGAAAAAAUGUAG